AAAAAAAACAUUAGAAGCGCAAUAAAUUAGUGACCGCCCGAGUAUUCUUAAGCGGGCCGAAAAUGGCACAUAAACAUUAUGCACAAUUAAUAAUAGCGAGUAGAGCGUGUGGGCUGGCAGAUAGAAGGCAUCCUGUUUGAUAGGAAGCACCAAGGCAUAUAGAUAACAGUUAAUAAAAUCCAGUUUCCUUCGCGCCAGGCGUGCUGUUGUUGGUUCCAAGUAUUGUGCUCUGCUUCAAAAUCGAAGCUCGAAAAGUAAAACAACAUGAUCUUUGCUUUUCUAUUCAUCGUCAUCUUGUCUUUGGACCAGUGUACAGGUCAAAUUAUUGAUAUCGGUGGUGUGUGGGAGGUAAAAUGCCCGCAAGGAUGCACUUGUGAGAUUCAGAAAUUUUCUGACCUGCCUUUACACCAAUGGGCUGAUAUAAACAAAGACAAGGAUCAGAAUAUAUCCGACGAUAUCGAUUUCAACAUGAACGAUUAUCACUCCAUGACAAAUGAGUUGUUGAAAAUUGCAACGUGUGUGAUUGUCAAAAAUCCUGAAGAACUCUUGGCCAAGCUUCCUACAGAUAUACAGGUUCUUACAUUGCUUGAGUCGGGCAGUGGAGAUGUUGAUAUUCUUCUACAGGCUACUACGUUCCAACACUUGACCGAAUUGAUAUCAUUAGACAUUCAAGGGAUAGAUUACAGUGAUCCUUCUAUGAAAGAAGCGAGCAAUCGUAAAGCGAAAGGCGGUAUCGUUCUCUCGUCCGACACUAUGCAUCCUCUAGGGCCUACUUUAUUAUAUUUAAAUUUGGAGCGAAUUAAAUUGUCAAACUUAAACGCGCCGAACAAAGACAAAGCGAACUUGGUAAUCAAACCGAUGAGUUCGCAGACAAGUGAGACAAUCGACGACAAUCAAGCGCCUGUGAGCAAUACUAGCCAGCAUAAAGGGCACAGGCUUAUUUUUCUGAGUCAGAAAAAUAGUGAGGACAAAGAGAUAUUGCCGUACGAUCUCUACAAGCAAGAAUUGGAGGGCUAUAUACAAAAUGUUGAACUUUUUGCCGCACUUGGUGUGCUUACGCAUUUACGGGUGUACGAUUGCGCACUGAAAGACAUAUCUUGGCACAUGUUCGACGGUCUCAACAGUCUUCUAUAUCUCUCACUGGAGAAAAAUAGCUUGAAAUUUAUUCCUGAAUUUUGCUUUUACGGUACACCGAACUUGAGAUUAUUGUCACUGGCAAGCAAUGAAUUGCUGACGUUGAAGAGCGUAGAUCUGGCGGGAUUACUCGUGUUGGAACAUUUGGAUUUGAGAGAAAAUAAUCUAACGUUUCUGUCGGAGUUGUCAUUUCCACCUUUCCCAGCACUCAUAAGUGCUGACUUUACAGAAAAUCCUAUCGAUUCCAUUUUUCCAAGCACUUUCGAGAUUAUGAACACCACGAUAAAAUUAUAUCUUGGAGGAACGGCUUCAAAAUUGAAACUACAGAAGAAUUCAUUACUAGGUCUACGGCAAGCUGAAAUACUGCACUUGGACAAUUUAGAGAUACCUAUUCUGGAACGUUUUAUCUUACAAGGAAUGCCAGCGUUGACACAUCUCAAAAUGCGAGGAAACAUCUCGAUUGUCGAUUUCGAUGCGUUUGUCGAUCUUACUAAUUUGUUAGACCUGGAUUUAAGUCAUUGUCAUAUUCAGAAGAUUUCUAUGGAUGCCUUCUAUGGGUUGGAAAAAGUUAGGAGAAUUGACUUGUCAGACAAUGAACUUAAAUCCAUACCGCCUGGUUUAUUCACUGUUCAACAACAGAAAAAAUUGACAGAAAUCAUACUCACAAAGAACAAGUUAACUUCGCUAUCGUUGGACUUCUUUAAAAAUCUGAGAUUGCCAAAUAAACAAACACAGAUACAAAAUAUCAGAUUGGAUGACAAUCCUUGGGACUGUACGUGCAUCAUGAUCAGUUGGAAUCCUCAUUUGGUAAACAGAAAUAAGGAGACAGCUCCGCUCUGUUCAACACCAGAACGGUUACAAAACUGGGGAGUCUUUUAUGCAUUACGCAAAGGUGGUUUACAAUGCAGAAACCCGAAGAAACGAUAUCUUGGAAAAUUUUCAAAAGCAAGAAAUUUUGAAGAGGACAAUAAUAUCAGUUAGCCAAUUUCUCUUUUCAAAUUGUAUGUAUAUGUUGAUAAACGCAGAAUUGAGAGAAAUAUAUUACAAAUUUUUAUAA